AGGGGGGGAAAAGAAUCAGGAGAGGGAGAAAAACUGCUCUUUGGUGUCGAGGGGGACACGUUUCGGCGGCGGGCAGAGAGAAAGCAAGCGCUCCUCCUAGGCUAUAUAGGCAGGGAAACGCCACAAUAACCAACCAAAGGCUACCAGAGGGGAGAGAGGAGCGCACAAGGCAAUCCACAUCCAUCUGCCAGCCACUUAGUCCGCGCUAACAUUUCCAGUCCGGAUUUCAGCACAGCUGCCCAGCUAAUACCGCCAGGAACAUGUCUGCCCCAGCUGCUGGAGCCCCAGCCCCAGAGGGAGGGAAUCAGGCUCCUCCUAACCUCACCAGCAACCGCCGUCUGCAGCAGACACAGGCACAGGUGGAUGAGGUGGUGGAUAUCAUGCGUGUAAACGUGGAUAAGGUUCUGGAGCGUGAUCAGAAGCUGUCAGAACUGGACGAUAGGGCUGACGCCCUGCAGGCUGGAGCCUCUCAGUUUGAGACCAGUGCUGCAAAACUGAAGAAUAAAUACUGGUGGAAGAAUGCCAAGAUGAUGAUCAUCCUGGGUGUGAUAUGCGUGAUUGUGCUCAUCGUCAUUAUCGUCUACUUCAGCACCUAAGAAGAGUCGAUCCUACCCCAGUCGGAUCCCAGCUUCCUCGCUACAGAGAAAAAAACCCUCAAAUUGAUGACAAAAUUAACCACAGAUGAUUAAUUUAUUAUAUAUGUAUACAUAUAUAAAUAUAUAUGUAUAUAUGUGUAUAUAUAUAUAUAUAGAUAUAUCUCCCCCAGAUUAGCCGCGAUAUAACACCCCUCCACCCUUCAGGGCCCCAUUGCUCCCCCACUUCCACCACCUCGCCUCUGGACCCCUGUCACUAUCUGUCCUGUGUGUGGCCCUGUCUCCUUUCUGGGUACUCUUGGCUUUUCUAAUCUGCCAUACUGAGAACCAAACACUUGUGACGAUGCAACAACAGAAAAGGAAACAACGAUUGGCGAUAAUUGUUACAUAACUGAUAUAUAUAUAGUUCUUUGUAGAGUUUUAUUCUGAUAUAUACUGUUUUGUAGGUGUGUGUGCGUGUGUGUGUGUGUGUGCAUUUUGUACUUUUUAUUUUUUGUAUUGAUUUGACGUAUGCUUCAGCGUUAACUACUGCCUAUUAAUCGAAGUGUGUACCCUGCA